AUGGACCCCUACAGCCUUAAAAGAGAUAACCGGAAGAAGUUCUUUGACAAGGAGAAGCUUAAACGCAGACAUGCAACGCCAAGCGAUAGAAAGUACCGGAUUUUGAACAAGCAAGAACAAAGUACGACGGAAAUCGAAGAAGAGCUCUCACUAGAGGGGAACGAUUACCGAUACCAUGAAGACCUUUCAAUGACAUAUGGACAAGACGAGUUCGAUUCGCAGCAGGUGAAUCGGAAACUGAAGGAAGUACUUCAAAAGAAGGUCGGGGACACAGACUUUGGUGCAUCGGAGCGAUUAACUCGCAAAAACCUGGAAUCUAUGAACGUGGAUCAGUUGAACAAAGUGCUGGGGAGAAACAAGUUUAAAAGUGAGCGUACUGAAUUAUCUGAUGCAUUGCCAGCGAAAAGUGUGCCGCAAAUUAAAAAGGCACCAGCCCAAUCAGCUUCGGCUACGACUUCCAUGAUUCCAGAGGAACUCGAGACCGAACAGAGCUUUUUGGACGAUCUGAUCUCUUAA